CUUGUGGCCCACAGAGGAGGAAGAAUGACGACUGUCACGUGACGACGGAACCCAUGUGAUUCGGAGUACACAUGACUUCCAGGCUUCUGGUGCCUCCUGGCCAGUAAGGACGCAGGGAAGCAGAGAUGGUCCGUGCCGCGCGGUCGCCGCUGUUCCCGCUGCUGCUGCUCGUGUCCUGGCCAUACCGAGGCGGGGCUGCCCCGGAACAGGACGAGAUCCAGUGCCUUCCCGGGCUGGCCAAGCAGCCGUCUUUCCGCCAGUACUCCGGCUAUCUCCGAGCCUCGGACUCCAAGCAUUUCCAUUACUGGUUUGUGGAGUCCCAGAAAGAUCCAAAGAGCAGCCCUGUGGUUCUCUGGCUCAAUGGGGGUCCCGGCUGCAGCUCCCUAGAUGGGUUCCUCACAGAACACGGCCCCUUUCUGAUCCAGCCAGAUGGUAUCACCCUGGAGUACAACCCCUAUUCUUGGAACCUGAUUGCCAAUGUGUUGUACAUUGAGUCCCCAGCUGGAGUGGGCUUCUCCUACUCAGAUGACAAGGUUUAUGCGACCAAUGACACUGAGGUUGCUGAGAGCAAUUUUGAAGCUCUUAAAGACUUCUUCCGCCUGUUUCCGGAGUAUAAAGACAGCAAACUUUUCCUGACGGGCGAGAGCUAUGCUGGCAUCUACAUCCCUACACUGGCUGUGCUGGUCAUGCAGGACCCCAGCAUGAACCUGCAGGGGCUGGCUGUGGGCAAUGGACUCUCCUCCUAUGAGCAGAAUGACAACUCGCUGGUCUAUUUUGCCUACUACCAUGGCCUUCUGGGGAACAGGCUCUGGUCUUUGCUCCAGACCCACUGCUGCUCUCAGAACAAGUGUAACUUCUACGACAACAAAGACCCAGAAUGUGUAACCAAUCUUCAGGAAGUGUCUCGCAUCGUGGGUAAUUCUGGCCUCAACAUCUACAACCUCUAUGCCCCAUGUGCUGGGGGGGUGCCCAGUGAAUUGAGAUAUGAGAAGAACACUCUUGUGGUCCAGGAUUUUGGCAACCUCUUCACUCGCCUGCCACUCAAGCGAGUGUGGCAUCAGGCACUGCUGCAGCGUUCUGGGGAGAAGGCACGCAUGGACCCCCCUUGCACCAACACCACAGCUGCUUCCACCUACCUCAAUAACCCGUAUGUGCGUAAGGCUCUCCACAUCCCCGAGCAGCUGCCUCGCUGGGACUUGUGCAGCCUGCUGGUGAAUUUACAGUACCGCCGUCUCUAUCAAAGCAUGAACUCCCAGUACCUGAAGCUGCUCAGCUCACAGAAAUACCAGAUCCUGUUAUACAAUGGGGAUGUGGACAUGGCCUGCAAUUUCUUAGGGGAUGAGUGGUUUGUGGAUUCCCUCAACCAGAAGAUGGAGGUGCAGCGCCGGCCCUGGCUAGUGGACUAUGGGGAGAGCGGGGAGCAGAUUGCUGGCUUUGUGAAGGAAUUCUCCCACAUUACCUUCCUCACAAUCAAGGGCGCUGGACACAUGGUCCCCACUGACAAGCCCCAGGCCGCCUUCAUCAUGUUCUCCCGUUUCCUGAACAAGGAGCCGUACUGAUAACCCAGGGGACCAGUGGAAGUCCCCAAUGCCUGAUCCGGCUCUUCCCAGCCUCUUCUGCCAGGAGGGAGGUCUUUCUCCAUGCAGAAUGCCCCUAUGAGGCAGGUCUCUGCUUCAGAACUGCCUCCCUGCACUUCGCACAGCCCUGUGCAUCCCAGACUGGGCCCUAGUGUCUCACACAGCCAGCCAGCCUAGGGGCAAGUUAGCACUUUAUUCCUGUGGCAGUGCCUGGCCUGGGUGGCCUGGCCCCAUCCCUGCUUUAAAAAAAUGCCCUUCUUGGUAGAUUGACCCCAUCCCAGGACCCCAACACAGCUGUCAGGACAGCCCAAGGGGAGGGGUGGACGGAUUAAAAUUGAUGGAUUGACUGAUUAUGGAAUUAAAUUGGGUACAGCUUCAAA